CAUCCUCUGCAAAAUAUAUUUUUUGAUACAACUCUUUUUUGUGUGUUAUAAUAAUGAUUCCAUAGAAUAGAGAUUGCAUUUUUUUAUUUGGUCAGCAAAUUCAUUCGAAAUGCAUUAUACGAGUCAGAACUAGCUUAGCUAGUAGAAAUUCCAGAGCUGUCAUUUUUCAACGUGUAACCAGAAGCUACCUCAGUGGCAGAUACUGACUGUGCUUGCAGUGCACUUUGGCCACUUCAUAACAAGACAGCGAAUACAGAAUUGGACAUUAGACCAUGACGGAGGAGGCAUUCGAUGUGGUGGUGGUGGGUUCCUGUAUGACUGACUUGGUCAGCCAGGCACCAAGGCUACCCAAGGCGGGAGAGACCAUCCACGGUCACAAGUUCUUCAUUGGUUUCGGAGGCAAAGGGGCAAACCAGUGUAUUCAGGCCGCUAGAAUGGGAGCCAAGACUGCCAUGGUCUGCAAGGUUGGCAAAGACUUCUUUGGAGAAAACUACAUCCAGAAUUUCAAGGACAAUGGUGUAUCCACAGAGUUUGUGGGGCAGACGGUUGACUCGGCCACUGGUGCUGCCUCCAUCAUUGUCAACGAUGCAGGGGAGAACGCCAUUGUGAUCGUGGCUGGUGCCAACCUGCUACUGGGUGGUGAGGAUCUGCGGCGGGCACUGCCAGCCUUAAGCCGUGCCAAGGUAAUGGUGUGCCAGCUGGAGGUCAGCCCGGACACCUCCCUGCAGGCCCUGCGCCUGUCCCAUGAGAACAACGUGAAGACCAUUUUCAACCCAGCGCCAGCCAUUCCAGUCCUGGAUCCCGAAUUCUAUAGAGCAUCCGAUGUGUUCUGCUGUAACGAAUCAGAGGCAGAGCUGCUGACGGGGGUGGCCGUGGCGAGUAUAGAGGAUGCUGGCCGGGCCGGACAGGAGCUGCUGAGGCGAGGCUGCAGCUCGGUCAUCAUCACCCUGGGCUCCCGGGGCUGCGUUGUGCUGUCGGCACAGGAGCCCUCGUCCCCAUCACACCACGUCCCCACCAAGCCGGUGACAACGGUGGAUACCACGAGGAAGGCAUCCGAUCAGCCAACAUCACUGCAGCAGAAAAGAGAACAAGCUGAGAAUGAGUAGGGAGCCGGAGACAGUUUCAUUGGUGCCCUGGCCUUCUACAUGGCUCACUUCCCCACAAUGUCCCUGGAAGAGAUGGCCAGGAGAGCCAAUCAGGUGGCAGGAGUGAGUGUACAGACAAUUGGGACGCAG